AUGGCACGUCGUCAUCAAGAUAGGAAGAUAAGGUGGAAUAAAGCCCGUUCGCAGCGUAAGCCCAGAGAGUUUACGGAGGCAGCCUUCGUCCGCCCGGCGAAAGAGAGACUUGGAAAGAGAGAAGAAAACUACGCCUCCCGUGAUCCUCUCUGGCAGCUGGAGCGGCAAUCCAAGGAGCCUGCGGUUACAGAGUAUAUAAAGGAAGGAAUGGCCCGGGCUCGGAUAAUCGGAGGCGGUCGAGCAACUGAUGAGCGCGGGUGGCACAGGGCGCGAUCUUCGGCGCCUCCUCCUCCUCCUCCUCCUCGCAGUCAUUGGCGCAGCUUACGGGUUUCGGUGCCGCAGAAGCAGCAGCCGCCACCGAACCGGCUGACUCGGGAACUCUGCGGGGCCGGUGGACGGAGCCUUCGGCAACUCGCUGUGCAGGAGAGCGCGCGCGCACACACACACACACGCGCACACCUGGAUUCCCGGGAUGUCGCGAGCCGGCUGCUUCGGAUGCCGAGCGAUGCAAACUUUCUUCGCGCUUGGGAGGUGGCGGAGGGGAAAAGGGGGGGCGAGGGCUCCUGGGAGGAGGAAGACUUUGCGGACGCCUCUGCGGCUGGAGCGCGCUCCCGGCAAAGCUGGGGGACCCGUGCAGCCCGAUCGUCGGGACGGCAGGCAAAAGGUACAGGUACAAAGUACUCUGGAUUCAGAGAAGAUGCUGACAGAAACGUGCCAGAGGCCCAAGUAUUUCUAUAGAGAAGACCUCACCUGAUGGAAAACCCUCUUUUGAGAAAUGUCAGGAGAUUGUUUGCUUGUGACCAAAACAGACACCCUGUGAGAAGGCUUCAUCUUACAGUCAAGAGAAAUGGAGCAUGGGAUCUUCAGCUAGCAGUGUGCUGGUAGCUCGCCACUAUCUUUGUUCAUCAUGAAGCAGUCAACCUUUUGGCUUGUUCCUUCUCACUUCAUAGACUUCAUCCCCAUCAAAUAUGAACACUCAUUUCCGCUGUAGAUCAGAAAAUUACUUGGGGCAAGUGUCUAUGUACAGUAGGAGUAGCUGUGGAAAACAACAUGACCAAAAGCAUGCCACUGUUUAAUCUUUGUCUUUGAUCCUGUGCUCUUACUGUAUUGUAGACAAGAAAUAUUCAGUGUUCUGUGUUAUAUACUCUUCAUUUGUAUUAUGGUGGCAUGUAGCCCUGCAACAUGGCAGUAGAGACUCAUGGACAGUUGGUGAAUCUGGGUGACAAAGAGCUGAUUGCUCCAUAUGGGAAUCCACCACCAAAGAGGAUCAAACUGUUUUUUGAGCUUUUUGAGCAUCAUGAAUUUUCUCCAUGUACCAUUCAUAAACAUACAAUACUGGAACAUAUCUGUUUGCCUUUCCAGCUGGUAGAAAUUGAUUUGCAUUUUUCUUUGUUAAGCUUAUGAAUGUAACACAUUUUUACUAUAAAUCUAGCCGCUUGGUAAACCUGCCAGUUUUUUCCCAUUUGAGAAGCUAAUAUCUGCUAGUUACAAGAAUGCAUUUAUUUUAAAUUUAUUUAUUAAAUAAAUUAUUCAAAUAUUCAUCAACAAAUAUUCUCUGGUUUGUUAAAUAAUGAAUAACAAUCCCUGAUGUCUUCCUUCCCUUUCUCCCCUACUGUUCGUUUUCCAUCUUGUUGAAUUUGUCUAUUGUUCACUAUGUUACUAAUUUUAUAUUCAAUUGUGUAUUUUAUGCGUAUUUUAUUUACGUUGUAAGCCGCCUAGAGUGGU